AUGUAUAUUUAUCUAUUAUUGGUUAAUUUAAUAAAUGAAUUUAAUGAAAUUGUUUCAACAGCAAAACGAAUGGUAUAUAAUCCAGUCAGGAUGAUUUUAAAUUUUCUUUGGAUUGUAAUUACAUUUCAAGAAAAUAAUUGGAUUGAAGAAAGAAAAAAAUUAGCUGAACAAGAUCUCAAUAAAACAAAUGAUGAAAUGCCAAAUGAAUUCAUUCAAGGAAUGGCUGUAACGGCUCAAACAUGUCCACCAUCAUUAAUUGUUCGUUCAGCAUUGACAUUACAAUUUUGGAUAUUUUAUUGGAAAUUAGAAUAUCGACGUCUUCAAUUAUCAAAAACUCUUCCAUCAUAUCUUACAGACGUUAAUCAAACAGUUCCAAAUUCAGCUAAAAUAAUUCCAGUCCUAACAGAAAAUAUUAAUGUAUUCAAUAAUGAACAUUUUAAUAUUGAAACAAUUAAUUUACGUUCAUUAAUAAAACAAGGACGUCAUCUAGUUGUUAAUUUCGAAGCACAUGCGUCAGAUGGAUGGAAAUUUUAUGAUUCUCGAUUUAGUUUUAUUAAAAAUCAUCGAAAUAUUCAAGAUCGAUUAGAUGCUAUUAAAAUUCUUAUAGAAAAGGCAAAUAUUAAUACAGAAAAUCAAAUUUCUGUUUAUGCUGAUACAAUGGAUAAUCAUACAAAUAAUUUAUUUCGUGCAUGGCCUGAAAAACUUUAUGUUUUACAUGAUGAAAAAAUUGUAUAUCAAGGUCAAAAUGGACCAAGUGGAUAUUCAAUUCCAUCUUUAGAUUAUUUUUUAAGAAAAAAUGUACCUGUUCAGAUAUAG